CCUCGUCGGUGCGUUUUGCGCGCUCCCUCCUCUCCUUGUGUGUCAGCCUGCCUGCUGCUCUCUCACAUCCACGUGGCUUUCUCGGGGAGGGAGCACUAUAUUAGGAAGGAAAGCAGCCAGCAAGCCGAGGCAGCGCUCGGGGAGUGCAUUGUUGCCGCCGCCGCCCUGAGAGAGGGACAAAGUCCCCCAGCCUCGGAUCGGGGAGGUGUCUCCGUCGUGGCUUGCUUCGCGCGCGGCGGGUACUUUGGAAGGACAAAGAAGAAGGCGAAAGGGGCGUGCUGGAGCGGCGAUGCGAUCUGCCGGGAAGCAGCGGCGGCGGCGGUCUCUCCGGACGCUAAUAGAUCAGCAUUCAGCAGAGAUCUAUAGUGCAGAGGGAAGAGACUAAAUCUACCUCUUCUGGAUGCUGCAAGAUAUAUGAAGCCGCUGAGUCUCUGCCUACAUCAUCUCUGCUGAAGAACCACAUAUUCACCGGAGAAUAGGACGAAACUGGAGAGUAACUUUGGCAAAAACAAGGAGAAGAAGUGGUGACGUGCCGUGACAGGAGAAAAUCCAUCAACAGUACGCCCAGUGUUCAGAAAAGCAGCCAAGUGAAAGAGGCUGGCAAGGUGGAGAAGGAGCUUUCAGCAGCUUGCGUGAACAAGGUUUUUGACUGUCAGUUGCCUGGAAUGAUGCCCUUUGAAUGAACUAAUCGGCUGCCGUAAUGAAAUAAUUUUCAAGAAAAAUGUGACCUUUCUUGCUUAAGCCUUUUUCAAUUAAGGUUUCUCUACCCCCAGAGCAAGGGGGGGAAAGUCUCUUUAACACUGUUAAUAAUUUCCUUUCUCAAACGGAUUGGGUGGCAAAAAAAGAAAAAGAAAAUUACAGUUGUUUGUUUCAAUUAAACCUUUGGAGAAAUUAGCAGCUGCUCAAGGAGAGCUGAAGAAAAAGAGAUUUGAAAGUGGACUUUGUUUCGCUUUGUCUUGUAAAAGAAAAAAGAAAAGGGAUGGUCUGUGUUCACUUCAUUUCAGUGGCUCCAAGGAGACGACAUGCAGGCUGUUCCUUCUGAACAAUAAAAGUCUUUAAACUGCUGCCCGUGGCCUAAACAAAGCUCAGAAAAGAAACCUCCACUUCUACUUACCUCAGUCGCCGGCGUUUCACUCAGGCGCCCAGGUGCAGUAAGGCCACAAGCCAAAAUGCUUGCCAUCCGGAAGAGGGGCCUGAAAAUGUUUGUGCUUGCCUUACUUUUCAUCGUCACCAUCACAUCAUUCUUGCUGAACUACACAAACAACGCAGUCAUUGUCACCUGGGACCCCAAACAUCUCGUCUACCAGUUUUCGGAGCAGUUUAAAAAACUGAUGAAAUACACCCGGAGGCCUUGCAGCUGCAGCACGUGCAUUUCCGAAGAAGGGGUCUCACUCUGGUUUGACGAGAGGUUUAACCAAACUAUGCAACCUUUUCUGACUACACGGAAUGCCUUUAUGCCCGUAGAGAGCUACAAUUGGUGGCUGAAACUGCAAGGAGAAAAGAACCCCAAGGGUUUAAAUGAGACCAUCCACGAGCUGUUUGAGAUCAUUCCUGGAGAUGGAGACCAGCUUCUGGAGAGAAGUAGUUCGCGGUGCAGGAGAUGUGCCGUGGUGGGAAAUUCGGGUAACCUUAAGCAAUCACAGUACGGCCCAGAAAUCGACAGCCAUGACUUUGUGUUCAGAAUGAACAAAGCCCCAACCUUUGGUUAUGAGUCUGACGUCGGCAGCAGAACUACUCACCACUUUGUCUACCCGGAGAGCUACAAGGAGCUGGGAGAGAAUGUCAACAUGAUUGUCAUCCCUUUCAAGACCUUGGACCUGCGCUGGGUCGUCAGUGCCCUCACCACAGGCACCAUCAACCACACAUAUCUUCCAGUGCCACGUAAAAUCAAAGUCGACAGAAACAAGAUCAUGGUUUAUCACCCUAUCUUUAUUAAAUACGUUUAUGAUAGCUGGCUGCAACAUCAUGGGAGAUACCCCUCCACAGGAUUCCUGUCUGUGAUAUUUGCUCUUCACAUUUGUGAUGAGGUAGACCUUUAUGGCUUUGGAGCUGACAACAAAGGGAACUGGCACCACUAUUGGGAAAACAAUCCAUCUGCAGGGGCUUUCCGCCAGACAGGUGUUCACGAUGGGGAUUUUGAAUCCAACAUAACGUUAACUCUUGCCUCAGUUGACAAAAUACACUUCUUCACGGGCAGAUGACCCUGGUCCCAGGGAAUGCUGUGAUUUCCAGCUGCGGGGAAUACAGAGACGUUUGUGGAAAUUAAUGGGGUCUUUGAGUUGACUGCGUCUUGCACCUUAGCUGGCAGAGCCAGGAACCAGCACAGGGUUGCAGUUUGCAAGCAGUUAUUGAUUGGUUCCAUGUAUUGCCUGAGAUUCCUUUAAUGAUGUUUGAAGAACAUAGGAGAAUGCUUAUCAAUCUUGUGAUGGCAAAGGGACCUUUUUGGCUUCAUCACUCUCCUUUUGCUAAGAUGUUUUCAUCCUGAAAAUCUUGCCUUGUGCAACUUAAAAGGAAACAAAGCUAUUUUUUGCUUUCUUUCUCAAUUAUUGAGUACAUAUAUUUCUCUCUCUCCCUCUCUCUGGGACAAAAACAUAGCAAAAGGGAUGCAGGAUUUUCAUCCUGACCACAGUGGAUGUGAAAUAUCCUCUCAAUUCAAGAUUACCUCAAAAGGAGCUUAUUUUGUUUUUUUAUCUUUCCCCAGAAACAUCCUUGCAAGACCUCUAAGUUCUUAUACUCUGUAACAACCAACCGUAUGUUUGUCUCCAGUAGACAAAAUUGGCACCAGCCUGCAUUUGCCAACAGCUGGGAAAUUUGGAAAAAUACUUUCCAAUUAUUACUAUGGGUUUUUUUUUCUGUGUGAAACAUAUGCUGCUGUUCAUAGCCAUAAUUAAGAAGGAAAGAAGAGUUGAAAAGGAAGACGUUAAGAAGAUGGAGUAAACUAUUCACUAUUGUUUACCUUUGAAAAAUGUCUUUCUGACUGCUCUGAGCAUUGAACUCUCUUAUAAAGCAGAGAAAUGGA